AUGUCACUGACUCCAAUACUAUCGUAUAAGAAACCGAGUAAAGAACCAACCCCAGCAUCAAAUGUAUCAACUCCAAGACUGAGUUAUUCACCUAAUUUACCAUCCAAUUCUAAUUUUACUAAGGCAAAAGAUCAACAAGUACCACAACCCCAACAAACCACUAGAAAAAUUUCAUCAAGAAGGAAAGCAUUACAAGAAUUUUAUCAUCUACAACAAUCUCAACAAUCAUCACAAUCUAAUACUAGCACUAAUGAGACUAUAAGUACUGAUAAUGGCGAGUCUACUCUUAUUAAAAAUGAACUAAUUGAAUCACCACAACAUUCAAAUGAACCAAAAUUAUCAUCAAUUGAAGAUGUGGAAAUGUUUGUCAAAAAUUCAUCAAAUAAAGAUAUACUAGUUUAUCGAAAUAAAAUUCAACUGCAAUUAGAUUCUUCAAACCAGAGAAAAAAAGAAAUAAUAUAUGAUAAUUACUACGAAUUAAUCAAGCUAAGUAAAAUGUUAGAAGAUAUAACAGAUACGAGUAAGAAAAUUCCCUCGACUAGAGAAAACCAAGUAAAUGAAUUGACUGGAUUCAAAAUUUAUGAAAAUGAUGAACAAACGCAUAACUCAGACUCAACUGAUGAAUAUAUCAAUGAUAUCUUGCAAGAACUAUCUGACUUUAAUUCAAAUCAAAUUUCAAAUUUUACUGAUGGUGGUUUUAAAGAGGUGAUAAAAAGACUUAACGCAAAUCAAGACAGAAGCUUAUCAAGUGCAAGUAUGGCUGGGAUCUAUAAUGAAUCAGAAAUUGAGAAUUUGUCAGAGGAAGAAAAAAGCAAGAUAAUAAAUCAAUUAAAUUACAUCUUAUCGUUACCUGAUCUAGAGUUAUCCCUAGAAGAACAAUCAAAAGCAGAAUCAUUAAUUGAUAAGAUUUUAGAAUCAAACACAAAUGAAGUACUAAAUCUCCAACUAAAUACAAUUAAAAAUAGAAUUCAUUAA